GUGGAGAAAAAGGAGGAGCAAUCGCAUCAAAGCGGAGGAGGAAUGGUCGCCUCUCUCGUCCGCCGUGAACGACGGGACGUACGGGAGAGACUCUGCUAGCUUGGAAAGUAAGGAAUCUCUAUAAGAACGCCGGUUUCAUCCGUAAGGCCGAAGUAGCUCAACUCAAGGAGCACGCCUGUUUCAUCAAACAUGGCUUCAGUUAUACUAGGAAUCCUGCUAGUACUCGCUCCACUUCCCCUUUCCACCGAAGCUCAGACCCGCGGCAACUUGACCUUGGGCUCCUCGUUGACAGUGAACGACCAGAACUCUUCCUGGCUGUCGCCGUUGGGCGAGUUCGCCUUUGGGUUCCGGAGAAUGGGAAGAGGAGCUCAUUUGUUGGCUAUAUGGUUCGAGAAGAUAGAGGACAAGACCAUCGUCUGGUCAGCGAAUGGCGAUAAUCUAGCGCCCGAAGGUUCGAAAGUCCAGUUGACCGCCAAUGGUGGGCUGUUGCUUACCGACCCGAGAGAGAGAGAGCUGUGGUCUUCUGGCCUAAACGGCACUGGCUUAGCGUAUGCGGCCAUGCUCGACACGGGGAACUUCAUCCUAGCGAGCGCGAGCCACGUCAAGUUGUGGGAUUCGUUUAGCCGACCCACGGAUACGAUACUGCCAACGCAACAGUUAAAUUUGGGAGCUGCUCUAACAGCUCGCUAUUCCGAAAUGAAUUACUCCGCCGGGAGAUUCUACUUCAAGCUAGGAGACAACGGAAAUCUCGUAUUCUAUGCCACGCCUCACCCGUACGAUGCCACAGAUGCUUACUGGGCUAGCGACACCGUCGAUAGCGGCUUCCAGUUGAUAUUCAAUCAAAGUGGUCAGGUCUACCUCACAGCUAGGAAUGGAACGGUGCUCAGCCAUAUCACCACAGAACCAAUUCUAACCAGCGGAUAUUACCAAAGAGCAAUCCUUGAAUACGACGGGGUAUUCAUACAAUAUAUCCACCCUAAGACGGCAAAUUCAAGUUCUGGCCGGCUUAUUGGCUGGUCGAGGGUCUCAGUCCCAGUCCCGAAUAAUUUAUGCGAGAGCAUCACCCAAGAGAUUGGCAGUGGAGCUUGUGGCUUCAACAGCUACUGUACUCUUGGAGAUGAUCUGAGGCCGCGAUGCCAAUGCCCACCUGGAUAUACUCCGUUAGAUUCAACGAAUGAGAUGAAUGGAUGCAUACAGGACUUCAUACCACAGAGUUGUAACGGAAGUAGGCCCGAAACAGACCAGUUCGUUUUGCGUGAAAUGCUCGAAACAAACUGGCCAAUGUCCGAUUACGAGCAUAGCUGGGGACAAACCGAGGACUGGUGCAGAGAGGCUUGCUUGGCUGAUUGUUUUUGCGCAGCCGCCAUUUUCGGCAAUAAUUAUUGCUGGAAAAAGAAGAACCCUCUUUCCAAUGGAAGGAUGGGUCCAUGGAACAACGCAAAAGCUCUGAUCAAGGUAAGGAUACAUGACACGACUUCAAAAUGCACAAAAAACGACCAGAAGAAAAACAAGAAUACAACUUUGGUGAUCAUCGGAUCAGUGCUGUUGAGUAGCUCUGUCUUUGUGAACUUGCUUUUACUCCUCAUUACCUAUUUAUUAUAUAGAAGCUUACGAUCUAGGGAUUCUAAGUUGUCACCACCAGUCCGAAUCAAUCAAGUUACAGGCAUGCGGACUUUCACUUAUCAAGAGCUUCAAGAAGCAACAUAUGGAUUCAAAGAAGAACUGGGUAGGGGUGCUUUUGGAACAGUGUACAAAGGUGCUCUUGGAUCCGAGGAUGCAGACUUUGUGGCAGUAAAAGUGUUGGCGACAAGGACUGGAGAAAGCGAGAAGGAGUUUGAAAGAGAAGUGAGUGCAAUUGGCCAAACUAACCACAAGAACUUGGUGCAGUUGCUUGGAUUCUGCAAUGAAGGUUAGCAUCGACUACUGGUGUAUGAAUUCAUGAGCAAUGACACUUUGGCAGAUUUCCUAUUUGGCACUUCAAGGCCCAACUGGUACAGAAGAAUAGAAAUUGCCUGUGAUGUUGCGCGGGGGCUCUCUUAUUUGCACCAGGAUUGCACCAAGCAUAUAAUUCACUGCGACAUCAAGCCACAAAAUAUUCUUCUUGAUGGCUCUUUCACUGCAAAAAUCUCAGACUUGGGAUUAGCUAAGCUCCUGAUGGCAAACCAAACACGAACCACCACUGGAGUUAGAGGAACCAGAGGGUAUUUAGCGCCAGAAUGGUUUAGAAAUAUGCCUAUUUCUAGCAAAGUAGAUGUUUACAGCUUCGGCAUUUUGUUGGUUGAGCUCGUCUGCUGUAGAAAGAACUACAAUCCGGAAGCAGAAAUUGAAGCUCAAAUUGUGCGUUGGGCAUAUAAGGAUUGCUACCACGACGGGAGCGUACUUAAGCUAGUGGAGAACGAUGAGGAGGCAUCGAGUGACAUAAAGAGGGUGAGAAGAUUUGUGAUGACAGCAUUGUGGUGCAUCCGGGAAGACCCGGCUUUGAGGCCAACCAUGAAGAAAAUUACUCAAAUGUUGGAAGGAGCUGUUGAAGUCCCAGAACCACCAGUUCCAAGCUUUUUUACCACUUCAAUAUGA